AUGGCUGCGAAGCUGCGAGCGCAUCAGGUGGACGUGGACCCCGACUUCGCGCCGCAGAGCCGGCCGCGCUCGUGUACCUGGCCCCUGCCGCAGCCCGACUUGGCCGGCGACGAGGACGGAGCGCUGGGUUCAGGGGUGGCAGAGGGCGCCGAGGACUGCGGGCCGGAGCGCCGGGCGACGGCCCCGGCGAUGGCCCCAGCACCGCCGCUGGGCGCGGAGGUCGGACCGCUGCGGAAAGCGAAGAGCUCCCGGCGGAACGCGUGGGGGAACCUGUCCUACGCCGACCUCAUCACCAAAGCCAUCGAGAGCGCCCCGGACAAGCGACUCACGCUCUCGCAGAUCUACGACUGGAUGGUCCGUUACGUGCCCUACUUCAAGGAUAAAGGCGACAGCAACAGCUCGGCCGGCUGGAAGAACUCCAUCCGGCAUAACCUGUCGCUGCACACCCGUUUCAUCCGCGUGCAGAAUGAGGGCACAGGCAAGAGCUCCUGGUGGAUGCUGAACCCCGAGGGCGGGAAGACAGGCAAGACCCCUCGGCGGCGGGCCGUGUCCAUGGACAACGGGGCCAAGUUCCUGCGCAUCAAGGGCAAGGCGAGCAAGAAGAAGCAGCUGCAGGCACCUGAGCGAAGCCCCGAUGACAGUCCCCCGGGCGCGCCGGCCCCGGGGCCCAUGCCUGCCGCGGCCAAGUGGGCCACCAGCCCGGCCUCGCACGCCAGCGACGACUACGAGGCGUGGGCAGACUUCCGCGGCGGCGGGAGACCCCUGCUCGGGGAGGCGGCCGAAUUGGAGGACGACGAGGCCCUGGAGGCCCUGGCACCGUCGUCGCCGCUCAUGUACCCGAGCCCCGCGAGCGCGCUGUCGCCCGCGCUAGGAGCGCGCUGCCCCGGGGAGCUGCCCCGCCUGGCCGAGCUGGGGGGCCCGCUGGGCCUGCACGGCGGCGGCGCGGGGCUGCCCGAAGCCCUGCUGGACGGCGCGCAGGACGCGUACGGGCCUCGGGCCCGGGCGGGGACGCCUGCCUACUUUGGCGGCUGCAAAAGCAGCGCCUACGGCGGGGGCGGGGGCUUCGGGCCGCCGGCGCUGGGCGCGCUGCGCCGCCUGCCCAUGCAGACCAUCCAGGAGAACAAGCAGGCCAGCUUCGCGCCGGCCGCCGCUCCCUUCCGCCCGGGGGCGCUGCCCGCGCUGCUGCCGCCGCCGCCCGCACCCAGGCCCGGCCCGGUGCUGGGUGCGCCGGGGGAGCUGGCGCUGGCGGGCGCGGCCGCCGCCUACCCCGGCAAGGGCGCGGCCCCGUACGCGCCGCCGGUGCCCUCGCGCAGUGCCUUAGCCCACCCCAUCAGCCUUAUGACGCUGCCCGGCGAGGCGGGCGCCGCGGGCCUGGCGCCGCCAAGCCACGCGGCCGCCUUCGGGGCCCCGCCCGGGGGCCUCCUGCUGGACGCGCUGCCGGGGCCAUACGCGGCGGCCGCCGCCGGGCCGCUGGGGGCCGCGCCCGACCGCUUCCCCGCCGACCUGGACCUCGACAUGUUCAGCGGGAGCCUCGAGUGCGACGUCGAGUCCAUCAUCCUCAACGACUUCAUGGACAGCGACGAAAUGGACUUCAACUUCGACUCUGCCCUGCCUCCGCCGCCGCCCGGCCUGGCCGGGGCUCCGCCCCCCAACCAGAGCUGGGUGCCGGGCUGA